AUGAAUACCCUAGAGCAAACUGAGAUCGACAAUCUCAUGGAGCUCUCAGAAUGGCUGCCCACGGAUGACAGCAAGGCCACAGAUGCAACAGAUAGAACAGAGAGAAGACGAUUGCAGAACCGUCAAGCCCAACGGAACCACAGGAAAAAGCACAAGGCUUAUGUUUCUUCACUCGAGCAGCAACUUAUUGAGAACAUGCUCCGAGGAAAACAAGAGACCUACAUGCCAACGCCAACGCCAACGCCAACUUCACCACUUUUCAUGCCGCUUGAAAUAUCGCCGGAGCCAUCAUCUUUAUCUUCACCGCUGUCACUACCAGCCGAUAUAUCCAUGGUGCCAACGCCAGAAGACCAGCAGUCCGAUAUCCUUUCAACCCCUCUGAGCUUUUCUCCAGACGUCGCGCCAUAUUCUCAUGGUCUAUGGCAAGACGAAACUCAACACAGUUCUAUGCCCUUUGCUCCAUUCCCAGGCAAGCUUUCGCCUCAUGGAACCAGUGGCAUGGGCUGCGGAUGUGUCACCAGCUCAAUGCCCUUUCAUCACAGCUCCACGUGCGGCACAUCGUGGCAGGAUAUGCUCAUCUGUGACAAUGAAAGAGCUUCAGGGUCAAACAGAAGUCAUUCUUGCUCCCUGUAUCUUGAUAGAUCGGGUCACACGGUCCCUGGUACUCAUGCCACCCUAAUAGUGACCAAUCGAUUUAUCCGCACGUUAUUAGAUGUCCUCGUCACCAUCGAACUCCGACUUGCGCAUGUCCAGGUACAACUCACGCUGGAGAAAUUCCCCCAGAUAUUCCUCAGUCUAUGUCAGCUAAUGCGAAGCCAGUUUCUCAUAUUCAACCAGGCAUAUGCCGUUCACCAGCGGUUCUACAGCAGAACCAUGAAGUAUAUCAUCAAUUUACUGUCAUUCCAGUGUCAGAAUUACGAGGGUAUCCAAAUCGAAACAUAA